CAACACGGUGUCGUUCCGGUUCAUCGAACAUUCCACUUCUUUCUUCUUGUCUGAAAAAUCUAGAAGAGCAGCUAUUUGGUUUCUCUAUCCGAUUCGUCUCUCUCACGCCCUCACGUUUAUCCACCUCAUCCUCAAACCAAACCACAAGACCUCUUUUUUAAGUAACCAAUCACAGAGAGAUAGAGAGAGAGAACAGAGUCAAUGUCAAUGGCGUCUAUAGCUUCUUCUUCUUCCACCACCCUACUCUCUUCCUCUAGGGUUCUUCUUCCCUCCAAGUCUUCUCUUUUAUCUCCUACCGUCUCUUUCCCCAGAAUCAUACCCUCUUCCUCGGCAUCAUCCUCUUCUCUCUGUUCCGGGUUCUCCAGUCUCGGUUCCCUCACCACCAACCGCUCCGCCUCACGCCGGAACUUCGCCGUCAAGGCUCAGGCUGAUGAUUUACCACUGGUCGGUAAUAAGGCGCCUGAUUUUGAAGCUGAGGCAGUUUUUGAUCAAGAGUUCAUAAAGGUGAAGCUCUCUGAGUACAUUGGCAAAAAGUAUGUUAUUCUAUUCUUCUACCCUUUGGACUUCACUUUUGUCUGCCCCACUGAGAUUACUGCCUUCAGUGACCGUUAUGAAGAAUUUGAGAAGCUAAACACCGAAGUAUUAGGGGUCUCUGUCGACAGUGUGUUCUCGCAUCUUGCGUGGGUCCAAACAGACAGAAAGUCGGGAGGGCUCGGUGAUCUGAAUUAUCCUCUUGUUUCGGAUAUCACUAAAUCCAUUUCAAAAUCGUUUGGAGUGCUCAUCCCUGAUCAGGGCAUUGCACUGAGAGGGCUUUUCAUCAUAGACAAGGAAGGAGUCAUUCAGCAUUCCACCAUCAACAACCUCGGUAUUGGCCGAAGUGUUGAUGAGACAAUGAGAACCCUCCAGGUAAUAAAGAGAAAAAUCACAUCAUUGAGAUAGAUAGAUAAAGAGAGAUUUGUUUUUGAGGUUUAGGGUUUAGAUGCGUUAUUUGUUGCUUCUUGUGAUGUUGUCUUGCAGGCAUUACAGUAUGUUCAAGAAAACCCGGAUGAAGUGUGCCCUGCGGGAUGGAAGCCAGGGGAGAAAUCAAUGAAACCUGACCCCAAGCUCAGCAAAGAAUACUUUUCAGCUAUCUAGAGGCUAAGAUUGAACACAUGUUUGGUGAAAAUUAGCAAUCAGAGUUGUUUUAUUCGUCUUUUCAAAGUUGGAGCAGAGUUGUUAUUUUUAGCCAAAGAACCUUUGUAUCUAUCUCAUCUUUCUCCUGUUUCUGCUAUGUGAUUCUCCUUAAAUUGAAUCAAAAAUAAAGAAAUCCUUCUUUUCUUUUGCCAAUAUUUAUGUCUUUCACUUGUGU